AUGACAGCCAACCCUGGGAAGUUCGAGCUCUGCACCUUCAACAGUGAUGAGGCUCUGUCAUUCUGGGUUGGUGCUCCUCCUCCUGGUGAUCUCGUUGCCUUCAGAUUCCUUAGGUUAACCUUAGCCUCAGCCUCUCUCCACAACGAGGUAGGUGGAAAUGGUUUAUUUGGAAAUGACGGAGUAGACAUGACAAGCUGUACUGACCGUGGGGGCAGAUGCUUCUUCGGCUGUAAAGCCGGAUGGGAAUGGGCUGCAUUCUGUCAUAACAUAUUGUCAUGUUGUAUAGAACUGAAAAAGCAUAAACCCAUUCAAAGCAAAGAAAUAUGA